AUGUCUCAUGUCACUGGUCAUGAUGUGGCUGGGGGAAUGAUUGAAAAUGUCACCGGAGAAAUCAAGAACCCUCUCGCUGGAAUUCCUCACGAUAGGCUUAUGGCUGAUGUGACAGAUUAUGCCACCGAGUAUAAUCUCCAAGACAUCCUUCCAAUCCUGAAGAAGGGAGCUCUGGUGGCUCAGUCCCCGUCUGCAAUCGAAGUCAUCCCGGAACUGAGCGAUGAUGAUCGUCGCAUCCUGGCUGAAGAAACUACUCGGCGCUGGAAGCACCCAUUCGCGUUGUACUACACCAUCGGCCUGAAUUCGAUCUCAGCUGCUAUCCAAGGCUGGGAUCAGACUGGCAAGUGCUGUUCUGGCUAUCCAUUUGACCUUUGCAUAGGAUCCAACGGCGCCAAUUUGACUUUUGAUGUCCAAUUCGGCAUACCGAACAACUCUCCUCAGUGUGCUGACCCGGCCACUUGCACCCGUAACCAGUGGAUUGUGGGCUUUAUCAACGCCACCCCAUACAUCACCAUUUGUCUUUUUGUUGCCUGGCUUUCUGAUCCUCUCAAUCAUAUUCUCGGUCGUCGCGGUACAAUCUUCUUGGCUGCAAUUUUCAGUUUUGCAGCUCCCCUGGGCUCUGGCUUUACUCAACACUGGGGCCAUCUCAUUGCUACACGUGUGUUUCUUGGACUUGGCAUGGGACUCAAGGAAGUCACCGUGCCUGUCUAUUCGGCUGUAGAAAAUGCACCAACCAACAUUCGUGGGGGCCUUGUUAUGUCAUGGCAAAUCUGGACGGCCUUCGGUAUUUUCCUCGGCACGUGUGCGAAUUUGAUAGUGGCCAAUACUGGUACGAUUGCUUGGCGGCUACAGCUGGGCUCUGCAUUUAUCCCUGCUGUGCCUCUGCUUCUGGGAAUCUGGUUCUGUCCCGAGUCUCCACGCUGGUUGAUGACCAGAAAAAAUCACAAGAAGGCAUAUCAAUCCCUUCUCAGACUGCGGAACACACCUUUGCAGGCAGCUAGAGAUCUUUAUUUGAUCCAUGCCCAGUUGGAGAUGGAGAAUCAUACGCUCAUUGAGUCUGGUUUCUCCCAGAAGAGCAACAUGAUCGUCCGAUUUGUGGAGUUGUUCACGGUACCCCGUUUGCGCCGCGCUGUCCAGGCUUCUGGUAUUGUCAUGAUUGCCCAGCAGAUGUGUGGAAUCAACAUUAUCUCGUUCUAUUCCUCAACGAUUUUCCAGCUCGCUGGUGCAUCCAACAUCCAAGCACUUCUUGCCUCUUUCGGAUUCGGUCUGAUCAAUUUUGUAUUUGCUUGGCCUGCUGUGUGGACAAUUGAUACGUUCGGUCGACGUGGUUUGCUACUUUUCACAUUUCCACAGAUGUGUUGGACACUUCUUGCAGCCGGGUUCUGUUUCUGGAUUCCCACUGGCAGCACUGCACACAUUGGGAUGAUUGCGUUCUUUAUCUACCUGUUUGACGCAUUUUAUUCGCCGGGAGAAGGCCCUGUCCCGUUCACCUAUUCCGCAGAGGUAUUCCCCCUGUCUCACCGUGAAGUAGGAAUGGCAUGGGCCGUUGCGACCAAUAACUUCUGGGCAUCAAUUCUAUCGUUGACCUUCCCAUACAUGCUUCGAGCCCUGACGCCGCAGGGUGCUUUCGGAUUUUAUGCCUGCCUGAAUCUUCUCGCUUUUACUUUGAUCUUCCUUUUCAUGCCCGAGACCAUGCAGCGUUCACUUGAGGAGCUGGACUUCGUGUUUGGCGUCCCAACCCGAACUCAUGCCAAGUAUCAACUUACUCAAGUUCUCCCCUGGUGGAUCAAACGCUACGUCUCCAUGCGCAAAGAUGCAGUCUGUCCUGAGCUGUACCGCAUUGCUCAGGUCCCAAUUCCAUUACCCCCGCAAAAAUCCCCCAAGGCUGGCGAGAAUGAGCGCCACGCAGAGUAUGUUUGA